AUGAGCAACACAACUGACGCAAUCAGCAGUGAACAACCUGCAUUAGACACAACGAACAGCAAUUCUCAGGAGAAAGAGUCGGACGGUUCUUCGUCCCCUCCAAAAGAAAUCAAAAGCAAUCCCUCACAUAACGUAAAUGACCAAGCAGACCAUAUUCUAAUACACGUCGAAGAUCAAAACAAUCGACGAAUGUCAUUCAAGAUUAAACGAACCACCAGUUUAAAGAAAAUUAUGCUCAUGUAUUGCGAAAAGUAUAAUUUGAAAAAUGAUUAUGCUCGUUUUCUCUAUGAUGGAUGUAGAAUUGGAGAGAAGGAUACAGCUAACAGUUUGGGCAUUCAAAAUGAUGAGAUUAUAGAUGUCAUUAUCGAACAAACUGGAGGUUGUGAUUUUAUGGACAUUGAUGCGGAAUAA